AUGCGGCUGACACCCUUUACUCUACUUUCUGGCUUUGCCGCCUUUGGGCUGCUGGGCUCUUCGGCAGCGGCAGACGACGAAGACUCCAAGGCCCCCGCGAACACAUAUUUCGACUCUGUUGCGGUGCCUCCGUUAAUAGAUCUGACGCCUGACAACUGGGAGAAGGAGGUCGGCAAAAGUAAAUGGCUUCUUGUCAAGCAUUACAGUCCGUACUGCCACCACUGCAUUCAUUACGCCCCGACCUUCCAGACAAUAUACGAAUUCUACUAUACGUCCAAGACUGAGGGAGCUGGCGAUGCGACCUUUACCGACCUGUACGAUUUCAGAUUUGGUGCAGUCAAUUGCAUUGCCUUCAGCGACCUUUGCGUUGAGAAUGGCGUCAAGUUGUACCCUACCACGACUCUAUUCGAGGAUGGCAAAGAGGCUAGAAGCGUGACGGGCGGUCAAAACAUGACCUUCCUCUCUGGCCUGAUUGAGGAGGCCUUGGAGAAGACAAAGCCCGGAUCUCGGCCCAAGACUCUCGCAUUGCCCGAGCCAGGCGACAAAGAGCGUCCAAAGUCUGAGCCAAAACGAGAGGAAGACGAAGAGGCAGCAGCACCCAAAACCGAAGCCAACGGGAAGAAGCUCGAGACAACACCCAAGACCGAGGCCGAUGGGAAGAAACUGGAGAAGAAGCCCAAGAAGCCCGUUGCUACACCAAACGAAGAUGGAAAGUCAGUCGCACUGACAGCUGAAACUUUCCAGCGCCUAGUGACAAUGACCCAAGAUCCCUGGUUUAUCAAGUUCUACGCGCCUUGGUGUCCCCACUGCCAAGACAUGGCCCCUACGUGGGAGCAGGUAGCCAAGACCAUGAAGGGCAAGCUCAACAUUGGAGAAGUCAAUUGUGACAAGGAGUCGCGAUUGUGCAAAGACGUCGGUGCUCGAGCAUUCCCCACCAUUCUCUUCUUCAAGGGCGGCGAGCGCUCCGAGUAUGAAGGCCUCCGAGGACUGGGCGACUUCAUCCAGUAUGCCGAAAAGGCCGUCGAUCUCGCCAGCGGCGUUCCCGAUGUGGAUCUGGCAUCAUUCAAAGCCAUCGAGCAGAAAGAGGAUGUCAUUUUUGUCUACUUUUAUGAUCACGCCACAACCUCGGAGGACUUCAAGGCCCUCGAGAGGCUUCCCCUCAGCCUCAUUGGACAUGCUAAGCUUGUCAAGACCAAGGAUCCCGCCAUGUACGAUCGCUUCAAGAUUACCACUUGGCCGAGAUUCAUGGUCUCGAGAGAGGGCCGUCCCACUUACUUCCCUCCCCUCACCCCCAACGCAAUGAGAGAUACCAAUCAAGUCCUGGACUGGAUGAGAUCGGUCUGGCUCCCCCUAGUCCCUGAACUGUUGGUCACAAACGCGCGCCAGAUCAUGGACAACAAGGUUGUUGUGCUGGGUGUCUUGAACCGAGAUGACCAGGAAUCUUUCCAGGGUGCGCUCCGAGAGAUUAAGAGCGCAGCCAACGAGUGGAUGGACAGACAGAUCCAAGAAUUUCAGUUGGAGAGGAAGAAGCUGCGAGAUGCGAAGCAGAUGAGGAUCGAAGAAGCCGAGGACCGGGACGACCAGCGGGCUCUGCGUGCCGCCAAGGCCAUUCAUGUUGACAUGACCAACUCUGGACGGAGGGAAGUUGCAUUUGCAUGGGUUGACGGUGUCUCUUGGCAGCGCUGGAUCCGGACCACUUAUGGUAUUGACGUCAAGGAUGGAGAAAGAGUCAUUAUCAACGAUCAAGAUAACCGAAAGUACUGGGACACUACCGUGACCGGCAACUACAUCCUCGUCAGCCGCACGUCCAUCCUGGAGACUCUCGACAAGGUCGUUUAUACCCCCCAGGCCCUCAAGCCCAAGCUCACCAUCUCCUCCUUUGAGAAGGUCUUCUUCGACAUCCGCCUCUCCUUCACCGAGCACCCCUACCUGUCCUUUGGCUGCAUCGUUAGCAUCGCCUUUGGAGUCUACUCCUGGCUGCGUGGCCGCUCCCGCCGCGGCCGCGGUCACUUCCGUCUCGAAGAUUCCAUCAGCAUCAGGGACUUUAAGGACGGAUUCCUUGGUGGUUCUAACGGCAACACCAAGGCCGACUAA